AAACAUCUUGUCGAUUAUUAAAGUUUUUGUGCCAUCAAAAUAGUCGUUUGAGCAUAAUUUAAUCCAGUAUAGAAAAAAAAAAAAAUAAAAAUGCCGGAUUCUGGGAAGGAAGAAAAUAAUAAAGAGAAUCAAGAAAAAAAAGUGAAAAAGAAAAAAUCAUCCAAGGUAGCUGAAGGACAAUUGAAGGAGAGUGUUAAAGAAUCAGUAGAAGAGAAGAAAAAAGAAAAGGAAAAAGAAAAAGAAAAACCUAAUACAGAAACUAUAAAAACAGAAAAUUUACAAGAUAAUAUUCCCGUGGAGAAAUCGAAGAUUUUCAAUGCUGUUUCAGUACCCAAAGAAGUAAAGAUUAGAAAUGAAGUAGGAAAAAGUGAUCUGAUCAAAUUGUCAGAGUUAAAAGAAGCAUUUCAAUUAUUUGACUUUAAUUGCGACGGUAUCAUUGAUUUAGAAGACUUAAAGUUUACUUUCAUAACCAUGGGCCAACCCGACGUAUCUGAAGAGCAAUUACAACGUAUGCUAUCAGAAAUACCGACUCCGAUUGACUUCGAUGCGUUUAUUACACUUUUUGGACAAAAAGUUAGUGAAAUGGACCCUGAAGAAGUUAUUACUGCUGCACUAUCAACUUGGGAUAUGAAAAACAUCGGAAUGAUUCCAGAAAACAAGAUACGAGAUGAUCUUCAAAAAUUUGGUGACAAAUUUACGAUUAAGGAAAUUGAUCGUGCCUUAGAGGAAGCACCAAUUUAUUUGCAAGAUGGUAAUGCAAUGAUAGAUUAUAUUAAAUUUAGCAACAAUAUCUGUGGUUUUCAAAAUCUUGCCGAAGCUAGACAAUACCAGAAAAAUUUAGAAAAUGUUUAG